UCAAUCACUCCAUCUGUCCAUCACUCCAUCUGUCCAUCAUUCCAACUUUCCAUCUGUCCAUCACUCCAUCUGUCAAUCACUCCAUCUGUCCAUCACUCCAUCUGUCCAUCAGUCCAUCAGUCCAGUGAGGUUAGCGUGUCUAGUGGUGUGAUGAUAUAUCAGUAUAGUGAGUGGUACACUGGAGGUGCUGGUGAUGAUAAAUAUAUUAACCAUAGCUAGGAGGUAGAAAAGUGUCUUCGGUUGUUCCUCACGUUCCUCUGGCACACCGCCCUGCAUCGCCAACACACACACACAACAGCAGAACUGCUCUUAGCAGGACUGAAUGAAGCUAGAUCACUUUAACCUUAAUGAGACAUCAUCUUACAAAGACAUGAAACUCACAUACAGUAUACCCAGAAUUCCUGAAAGCGAAUUAAUACACGACUUUUCUGUGUUAUAAAAUACAGGACAAAUAUGUUCAUCGUGUUCAUUCUGAUGAGGCUUCAGAGGAUUGUGAUCAAAAUGUUUUUCCUGCAAGACAAAACCUCACCUCGGGAUGAAGAGAAACCACUCGCACUCAACAACAGGAAGGCCUUCCACAACUUUAACUACUAUCUCUACUUCUUUAAUGUGAUCUUGGGCAUAGGGAGCUGUGUGUUACGACUGAUCAAGAGCGCCGUCGUUGCCUUGAUGUUGCUGCCACGUAUCGAGCGGACCAUAAUGCCUCAGGGCUUCAGGAAGUUGGACGCAAGCCACUGUACGUGGGUGGGAAUGAUAAUAACGGAUCAUCAUCACAGUAAUCCAGUUCUGGUGUGCUUCUGUCACCUACUGAUCAAACACACACUGCAGAGUGUUCGCGUGGACGAGGACGUAAAGCCAGAGUCUCCGGCAAAGAAGCGAGCUCACAUUCGCUGGGUUCUUGUGUACACCUUGCUGAGGAACCCUGAAUUCAUCCUGCUGAGGAAGAGACACUGGCAUGCAAACAGGAAGGAGUUACAGCUCGCCUUCAUCUGGGCCAUGACCGCACUCAGAGGGAAAAAAAACACUCCGGGAUCCGUCAAAUCUGCCCAAACACUGAUUUCUGCCUUACACGGUUCUUCACUUGCCUCUGAGAUUUGGUGGGAGGGUCUCAGAAAAACGUGUCCUCCGUAAAUCCUUUUGGUCGACUGGAAUUCGGAGCAGAAAGUCUGACCUUUAGCCACACCCAAUUAACACUCUGGACAAGAAGUCAUGGUUUGGACAUGUAAUGGAUGCAGUAACUAAAUAAAUAUGUUUUAAAUGAUAUUAGGUUUUAUUAAAUAUGUAACUCCAGCAUGCCU